GCGUAGCUGUGCUGCCCUCCGGCCGCCGCGCUGCGCUGCAAUGAAUGGAGCAGAGGGGUCACCCGCCCCGCCGCCUCCACGCCAAUAGCGUCCAGGGGCGAGGCGCGGGUGCCCCGAGGCACGCUGGGAGUGGUAGUUCUCCGACGGUCCUAAGCUGCGCGGGUCGGCGGCAGCCGAGACUACAGUCCCCAGGUGGCGGCGCGAUGUGGGUGCGCCCCGCCCCUCCGCGGUAUCUCAGCGCAGCGCUGUCGCGGCCGCAGUCGCGCUGUAGAGGUGACCUCGGGGCUGCCUGAUCCGCCGCUCGUCUCAGCCAUGGGUGAACCCAUCAGAGUCCUGGUGACUGGAGCUGCUGGGCAGAUUGCUUACUCACUGCUCUACAGCAUUGCCAAGGGAGAUGUCUUUGGCAAAGACCAGCCUCUUAUUCUUAUGCUGCUGGAUAUCACCCCUAUGAUGACUGUGCUGGAAGGUGUAGUGAUGGAGCUGCAGGACUGUGCUCUACCACUGCUGAGAGAGGUUGUUCCAACAGACAAGGAGGAAGUUGCAUUCAAAGACCUUGACGUAGCAAUUCUGGUUGGCUCCAUGCCAAGAAGGGAGGGCAUGGAGAGGAAGGAUUUACUCAAAGCAAACGUGAAAAUUUUCAAGGCUCAGGGCUCAGCCCUGGACAAGUAUGCCAAAAAGACUGUCAAGGUCGUGGUAGUUGGGAAUCCAGCAAAUACUAACUGCCUGAUUGCAUCAAAGUCAGCCCCAUCCAUACCAAAGGAGAACUUCAGCUGCUUAACUCGUUUGGAUCACAACAGAGCUAAGUCUCAGAUUGCUCUGAAACUUGGUGUGACUGCUAAUGAUGUGAAGAAUGUCAUCAUCUGGGGCAACCACUCCUCCACUCAGUAUCCAGAUGUUAACCAUGCGAAGGUAAAUAUGAAAGGAAAGGAAGUUGGAGUUUAUGAAGCUAUAAAAAACGACAGCUGGCUGAAGGGAGACUUUAUCCAGACUGUUCAGCAACGUGGAGCAGCGGUUAUUAAGGCUAGGAAGCUGUCCAGUGCCAUGUCUGCUGCCAAAGCCAUCUGUGAUCAUGUGAGGGACAUCUGGUUUGGCACCCCAGCGGGAGAGUUUGUUUCCAUGGGAGUCAUUUCUGAUGGCAACUCUUAUGGUGUUCCUGAAGACUUGCUAUAUUCAUUCCCUGUUGUGAUUAAGGACAAGACCUGGAAGUUUGUUGAGGGCCUUCCUAUCAAUGAUUUUUCUCGUGAGAAGAUGGAUCUGACUGCUAAGGAAUUAACUGAAGAGAAGGAGACUGCUGUGGAAUUCCUCUCCAGUGCAUGACUACCUGAUGAAGCAAUACACAAUCACUUAACAGUGGAAGAAUCUAAAAGUCGUCUCUGAGUCUGCUACCAAACACUGUUACUGUAUUGAAGUCAACUGUCUGUGGCAAUUGUUCAUUUUAAAGCUCACAUGCUUACUGGUACUGUUGUGCCUGUUGAGUUAUUAGCAAAAAAAGAUGAUUAGAGAAGUAAAACUAGUUUGUUGACCAAACUUCUGUCUCUUCAGUACUAGCUGCUUUCUGUAUAUGAUCCAGAGUAAUGGUUUGCCUGGGCCAUGGCUAUUAACGCACAAUCAGAGGUUUGAUUAGAAUUUGGCACUAUUGGACACAUCGUAGUUUGUGACCACUUCAGCAUCCUAUGGCUCAACUGAGAAUGAAAUUAGAAUGCCAAUAAUUCUCCUUGAACCAGUGGUUCAGUCAAGCCUAUCACUGGACAGACUCCAAGUAUAUACUGCACACUCUGGUUAUGCUUACAGUGUUUGUCAGUAGAAAUAUUAAAAGAUGUUUAAUCACAUAAUGGCUAA